AGAAGAAGAAGAAAAGAGCAAAAUGGCGUCUGGCAGCGGGUCGAAUAAUAAGACGGACUUCCGUCGGAAGUGGGACAAAGAUGAAUACGAGAAUAUGGCUCAGAAACGUCUCACGGAGGAGAGAGACAGAGAGAGGAGAGAUGGUAAAGUGCCCCCCCCGGUUAAGAGGGACCUGCUGCGCCACAGAGACUAUAAAGUGGAUCUGGAGUCUAAACUGGGGAAAACCAUCGUCAUCACCAAGACGACCCCUCAGGCUGAGAUGGGCGGUUAUUACUGUAACGUGUGCGACUGUGUGGUCAAAGACUCGAUCAACUUCCUGGAUCACAUCAACGGCAAGAAACACCAGAGGAACUUGGGCAUGUCGAUGCGUGUUGAGCGCUCGUCUCUCGAUCAGGUGAAGAAACGAUUUGAAGUGAACAAGAAAAAGAUGGAAGAGAAACAGAAAGAGUACGACUUCGAGGAGCGGAUGAAGGAGCUCAGAGAGGAGGAGGAGAAGGCGAAGGCGUAUAAGAAGGAGAAGCAGAAGGAGAGGAAGCGGCGAGCGGAGGAGGACGUAGACUUUGAGGAAGACGAUGAGAUGGCGGCGGUGAUGGGAUUCUCCGGCUUCGGCUCCUCUAAGAAGAGUCACUGAUGACAUCACAGCGGGACAGGAAACAGUAUUUUUUAGCUCCGCCCCCCCUCAGCCGGCCGGGUGGAGGAGACGGCGGGCGGCGUCCAUCUUUAACCGGGCAGCUUCCUGUCAGACACACAGACGCUGGUCAUGUGACAGGAAGUGGCUCUGCAGCACGGCUGACAUUUAUAAUCAAUAUUUAUUGGUUAUUGAUUUCCACUCUGAGCUUCUUUCUGUUUGAGCUGAAAAUACGACCAGAAACCUGCAGAAGGCUCCUUUAAGUCUGAACUUUAAGUUCAAUUAGAAACACAAAUAACUUUUUAUAAUUUCUCCUUCAUACAAAAAUAAAGUUUAACAAGUUAAAAUUUGAGUUUUUGACGUUUAAAGAGUUUAAUAAAGUUUUACAUCCAGCAGCUGAAAAACUUUAAAUAUCAAAUAUUUAAUUUCAACUUGUGAACUUUUUAUUUUUUGAUAUUAAGACGAGAAACUUUCCUCUGUUCUGUUUUAUUUGUCUUUAUUGAUUUUAAUAAACAUGAUUUUGUUUGUAAUCAGUCUGAUUGAUCAGCUGUUUAUGAUCAAUAUGUUUAAAGCAGCAGUUUGAGGGUUAAAGCAGCGUUUGAUCAACAGGAAGAAGAAGAGGAAGUUCACUUUGUUUCCUCUGAACGCUCCGAUGAUUAAUGAUCGAACUUAAACUGCAGACGCGUCUCCUC